GAUAUUGAUAUAUCUGAUAUUCAUAAUAUCUUAAAAUUAGGUGUUUUGUGGGUAAAUGUUGAUUCAUCAUGACCAUGCUUCAGGCUGGCUGAAUGUUUUGUCUGAGCUUGACUUGAAUGCAGUCUUGUGUUAUACCUCAUAGCAAUGCUGUGAAAUUCUCAGACCCAAUUGUCAAGAAUCAUUGUGAAAAGCAACAUUGUUGUGAGCAUAGGACAUGCUUUAGCCACAGCAGUUUGAAGAGCGCAUGAAUGAGGCAUUCGGCUGCUGGACUCCGUGAGACAGUGACCGUGAGAGAUGUUCAUGAUGGGACUACCCUGGCUGCUAGUUUUGGAGCUUGUCCUUUACGCUGGUUGUUUCAUCUGUGGGGUGAUAGCUGCCGCCUGGAUGACACUCACUCAGAGCCACUUUGAUGGGCGGUGCAUCCUCUAUGGAAGUGUUCAUUAUAACACAUCUGGCCAGGCUCUGACCGUGGAAGGCACCAGUUCUCCUUCUCUCUGCUAUUUUGUGUCAGCCAUCGCCGUGUGCAUGGCUAUUUACUGCUUUUCCCUUAUUCUUUACUGGAUCUAUGUCAGCUGUGUGGAUGAGGAUGUGAGAAGGGGGACUGUUUCUCUCAACACGUCUCUGGGAGUCUGUGGCCUACUUCUGUUUUUUCUCUUGGUGUCAGGAUGUAUUCUCAAGAUCGGUCGGGACAGCCUGUGUUUCUCUGUCCUUCACAAUGUUCCUUCCAUUACCAGUUGUGAAGAUGCAGAGAAUAAGACAUGGGCUCAUCCAUACACUGGAAAUCAGUUCUACGCAGGACUGUACAGUACUGAGAGGUCUAUGUGGGUAAGCUUCUUCUUCUGGGUGUUGAUAACGGCCGUGGUGGUCAUACAGAGACGCCAGAGCUCAAGGUUGAAGGUUUGGGGUAAUGAUGAGUGGAGCCGUGCUGAGACGGAGCCCUUCCUCCAUCGCCCAUCCCAACCAAGAUAAAUCACCAGAGACCAUCAUCACAUGAGCUAAUCAUGAAGUAUCAUGCAGAGUUUGGUACAUUCAGUUAUGUGGGAACACAAGCAGUAACAAAAUACUUCAUGUUUUUGUGGCAACACUUGAAUUUUUAUUUAAUUAUCCACAUAAAUAGUACAUUGAUGUGGUAGCUACAAUAAAAUACACUAAAUUUAAAGAUAUGUCCAGAGAGCCAAUAGAUAUAAGAACAUG